CUGUCAGCCCGGUCGCCGCUUGACAUGACAGCAGCUCCGAGCAGCAGCAGCAGCAGCAGGAUCGAGCGGCACUGGGCAGCCGGACGUGUGGACUCAUUAAGGAAGAAAGGAGCCCCCGGACGCACGGCGGAGAAUCAUCAUCAGCAGCAGCAGCAUCAGCAGCAGCCUCGGCGAGGCCGGAUUGCAGUUUGUGGGGACGAGCGCCAAGGGCAGUGCGGCAGUCAGCAGGCACACCAGGGGGAGGAGGCUGCAGAGGUCUGUGAUACUUCCUCCCCAGUCCCUACUGCACUCUCACCUCCACAUCACCCCCAAUAUUUGCCCAUGCAAGCCGCUUUUACAUUUGAUGAAUGGUGACUGGUUCUCCAGGCAAGGGUGGAACCUGGAUGGGACUGAUGUGCAUGCUGGUCAGGUGUCAAUUGCUCCCUUGUGUAUUACUCAAUCUGCUGGUCACCUGCAGUAUGGGAUGUAUUCAAAGCAUCGCGUGCAAGCCCCGCAUCAGACGGGAAAAUAUUGUGGUGUAUGAGGUGUCAGCCUCAAUUGACCAGUGUCCCACCAUCAUCGAGGAGAACUCGCCCAUCGUACUUCGCUACAAGACGCCUUACUUCAGGGCCUCGGCGGGAGUUGUCAUGCCACCAGUGCCCCGGAAUGAAACUUGGGUGGUGGGCUGGAUCCAAGCUUGCACCCAGAUGGAGUUCUACAACACGUAUGGGGAUAUUGGCAUGUCCAGCUGGGAGUUACCAGAGCUGCGGGAGGGCCGGGUCAAGGCUAUCAGCGACUCCGAUGGCGUCAGCUAUCCGUGGUAUGGCAACACCACCGAAACGGUCACCCUCACCGGUCCUACCUCCAAACCGUCACGCCUGACGGUCAGCAUGAAUGACAACUUCUACCCGAGUGUGACCUGGGCUGUUCCCAUCAGCAACAGCAACACACCCAUGCUAACCCACAUCACCAGGGAUCAGAGCUUCAUCACCUGGCUGGUAGCCAUGAACUCCAUCACCAAGGAACGAAUUGUACUGCAGACAGUGCGGUGGCGUAUGCGGGUUGACAUCGCCGUCAACCCGGACAUGCCCCUGGGCUCGAGGGCCUCCCUGGUGGGUCGGCCUUAUCAGGAGCAGCCGCACAUCCUCAACUACCAGGAGCCAAUCCCUCCCAACGCCCUGGGGAGGCCGAACGCCAAUGACGCCCAAGUGCUAAUGUGGAGGCCACGGCGAGGAGUCCCACUCGUCGUCAUACCGCCAAAAUGAGGGACUCCCAAACAAAAGCUAUUGUCUAUUCUUGCCAAAACAGAAGAUGAGGGUGAUGAAGCCAACAAAGGAACUGAUCCAUGAGGCGUCAGAGUCCAGAUGGACAGCUAAAGAGGACUGGUGUUGCAUCAAGUGUUGUUUGGCCAAGAACUGCAAUUAGAGUGCUUUGCCAGCAUUUUUAAAAGUGAACUCUUUUUAGAUGCACCGCCAUGGUAUUUGACCCUUGACGAGAACUGUAUCCUGCAUCCUUGCGUAGAUCUUAUUGCAUGCGAUGAGUGAGGAAAACUGUCAUUGGAAAGAUUUAAGAAUCGUAUUUGUUUUGUAUUCCUUAAAGCGUUUGUGAUCGAGACGUCACAUCAGCCAAAACAAAACCGCAGGCUGAUGAUACCUCCUUAGUGCCAUUGAAGGCCUUCAGCACACUCAUUACCAGAGUUAAAGAAUGUAUUCAGAUUAUUUAAGACACUUAAGUAUUAUAUUAAUCUUUUUAGUUAAGGUCAUACUAUUCUUCUAACAAGUCAGUAUGAAAAUUGCAAAGGAAAAAGACAUCUGCUGGAGUUUAUAGCACAAUGAAUUCAUAGAGAAAACAUUCAUUUCCGAUCGUAACUGUACCUGCUAUUUAGGAUAUUUUUCAUAACGCGUCCAACAAGAGCAAUGGGAAUUACACAGAAGAGUGCCACAUUACAAUUUUAAAACAAAAAUGUAAUUGUAAACGUCAUGUUUAUCACAUCUGAAAUAAGCCUAAACUGUACUGAAAUAGUCAAGUGAAUGUGGGUCUGAUCUCAUCAUACCAAGACAUUGUUACAUACGUUGUAAAUAUAUUUCCAGACAAUCAGGGAAUCUGAAUAUCCUCCUGGUACUUCAAAAUGGGAGUGCUGUAAACCAGAUUAUAUUUUCACAAUGUUAAAUCAUUGUCAUCAUAUGGUAUAGUGGCUGUGUAGCAGUGUUUUUUCUGUGGAUAAUCACCAACGAGAGCCUUCCCAUGUCAUGGUUCUGGUCCGGUUCAUGCUGAGCACCGUUCACGGCUCCGCCUGCCACUCCACUCACAUGGCUUAUUUUCCAUCUGUGCUUCUCUCCAGGUUCAUGUCUCAUCCGCCCAUCUGCCUCCUUUCCCGCUUGUCUGUCCACCUCAGACACACACACAGACACACACACACACACACACACACACACACACACACACACACACACACUACCUCCAUUCCAAACUGCUCAUUUGCUCUGAAGGCCACAACUAUGCAACGGUUGUCUGAGUGUAUAAACAAAAGAACAAAUCUGUGAAGUAUCAGUUUCACUUCUGUUAUCAUCUUCGGUUAUUUGUAAGGGUGUUUUGUUGAAUAAAAUGGCCAUUACAACCA